AUGUCAUCUGCUACACUGCCUUCACUACGACCUGUCACUAUCGCCACUCAUAGUGGUAAAUUCCAUUGCGACGAGGUACUCGGCACUGUCAUGCUCGAUAAGAUCCUUGGCGGAUCAAAGAACUACAAUUUGGUACGGACACGAAACCCAGAGGUCAUCAGCAAGGCCGAUAUAGUCAUAGACGUUGGGGCAGAGUUUG